AAGAUACCGAUCCAGACGAUUUCAAUUAUCAAUUAUCUCAAGGGCCUGUUCCAUCCGGUGCCUCCAACGUUAAAGGAAGUUUGACGAUGAUGAUCGGUGCUUUCUUGGCUUCCGUUUUCUUAUUUUAA